AUGGCUCACCUCGCUUGGCCUCGUCUCUUCCGCGACAUUGGCGCAACACGUUACCUCUGGGUAUUCCCGCUGAUCGCCGGCAGUGCUUGGUUCGUAACCCUGAGCAUCCUGCUGAUCCGGUGGCUGUCGCUUGGCCAACCUCGCUACCCAGGACAAGUGAACCCGGACGUGCCCUUCAUCAGCGAUAUUGCCGCCUUCACCUUCAAGCCUGUCUUUGUGACGGGCAGCACCGUCACGGGCAUCGCCUUCGUCGGUACCGUGUUCGCCGUGCAUCACGUGCGCUACAGUCCGAGGUUCUACGGGCUCACGAACGACGCGCAGUGGCGACAGGGAACCAGCUUCGCUGCGUUGUUCAUGGGCUUGGCCGCUGCGUUCAGCCUGUUCUUUCUGAGCGUGUUCGAUACCGUUGAUGCACAUGUGCGGCACAGAUACUUGCUUAUGGGCACGUUUGGAGGCCUGGGCUUGAGCGCGUCCCUGACGACAUUGGUUUGGUGGGAUCAGAUAUGGGCCCCACCAAGGUGGGCGGGAUUGAGGAAAUGGUUGCUUUUCAAUACACUUUUAAUGGUAUCCCAGACGGGUGUUGGGAUAUCGUUUGUCGUGUUUAUGUACAGUGGGCUCUACAAGACUGCGGGCUUCUUGGAAUGGACGUUGACCUAUCUCGGAUGUUUCUGGCUAUUAUCUUUCAUCGGAUAUACCAAAUUCAAAGACGAAGACCCAAAAACCCCUAGCGAGGCAGAGAGGAGGCCGCUUCUCGUUUAG